UUGGCACUGUGGACUGGAGCAGGCUUUCCCAGCAGUGGGCAGGCCCCAGCCCCCGGCUCCGCGUGGAUCUCCCCGCGGGCCGGACCCUGCAGUGACUCCAGAGCUGGCUCCAAGAGCACGCUUGCUCCAGCCUCCUCGCAUCCUAAGGCCCUGUCCUUCCCCGGAGCUGGUUAGCUAAUGAAUCAGGGGAAGACAAACUUCCAGGACCGACAGUUUAGGGCCCAGUAGAAGACGGCUCGGUGAUGGCGCCCAUUUUUGGAAACACAGGCGAAUUUGAGCUCGCAUUGGAGGUGUGGUCGAUUCCUGUUGGGACGGGAGAGGCUUCAUUUCUCGGCUGCUGCGGUAGCCUGUGCUUCUGAAGAGUGAAUGGAGUGUUACAGAGCAGGGCACUUAACCUUCGCUUCUUGAAAACUUGACAUCGGACAUGGUUAGGAACAGAAGGUGUCCAGGAGGAGCCUCUGUUACAAAUCGUAUUUGCUUCUGGGGGAAAGGCUGUGAGCUGCCUGGCUUCUCAUGACCGGGAAGUCUACCUCACCUUUUCUGUACUCCUGGAGAGGCAUCUUGCUCACAUGUUUACCUGCAGCUGGGACAAGGAAAAGAAAAGAAAUGAGCCGCCAGACUGCAACAGCAUUACCCACUGGAACCUCAAAGUGUACGCCGUCCCAGAGGGUGCCUGCCCUGACUGGCACAACUGCAUCCAAUAAUGACUUGGCGAGUCUUUUUGAGUGUCCGGUCUGCUUUGACUAUGUGUUACCACCCAUUCUUCAGUGUCAGAGUGGCCAUCUUGUUUGUAGCAACUGUCGCCCAAAGCUCACAUGUUGUCCAACCUGCCGGGGCCCGUUGGGAUCCAUUCGCAACUUGGCUAUGGAGAAGGUGGCCAAUUCCGUACUUUUCCCUUGUAAAUAUGCCUCUUCUGGAUGUGAAAUAACUCUGCCACACACAGAAAAAGCAGACCAUGAAGAGCUCUGUGAGUUUAGGCCUUAUUCGUGUCCGUGCCCCGGUGCUUCCUGUAAAUGGCAAGGCUCUUUGGAUGCUGUAAUGCCCCAUCUGAUGCAUCAGCAUAAGUCCAUUACAACCCUACAGGGAGAGGAUAUAGUUUUCCUUGCUACAGACAUUAAUCUUCCAGGUGCUGUUGACUGGGUGAUGAUGCAGUCCUGUUUUGGCUUUCACUUCAUGUUAGUCCUGGAGAAACAGGAAAAGUACGACGGUCACCAGCAGUUCUUUGCAAUUGUACAGCUGAUAGGAACACGCAAGCAAGCUGAAAAUUUUGCUUAUCGACUUGAGCUAAAUGGUCAUAGGCGGCGAUUGACUUGGGAAGCGACUCCACGAUCUAUUCAUGAGGGAAUUGCAACAGCCAUUAUGAAUAGCGACUGCCUAGUCUUUGACACCAGCAUUGCACAGCUUUUUGCAGAAAAUGGCAAUUUAGGCAUCAAUGUAACUAUUUCCAUGUGUUGAAAUGGCAAUCAAACGUUUUCUGGCCAGUGUUUAAAACCAUUGCAUUCAGUUUCACAGAGAAUAAGGCACCCAUCUGCCUGCCAACCUGAAACUUUUGGUAGGUGGAAGCUAGACACAUGAAGGUAAAUAAGAGGAAAGGCUGUUAAAUACAGGAAACAGUUGCAUGUAGUAACACUAAUAUAUUUAAAAAUAAGUCAACAGUAAACCACUGAAAAAAAUAUAUAUAUACACCCAAGAUGGGCAUCUUUUGUAUUAAGAAAGGAAGCAUUGUAAAAUAAUUCUCAAUUUGUGUUGUAGAUUGAGUGUACUGUUGAAAAAUACCGGGUUUUUGUUUGUGUGUGUGCCUGCAAGUUUGUGUGCGUGUGUGCGUGUGCGUGUGCGUGUGCGUGUGCGUGUGUGUGUGUGUGUGUGUGUGUGUUUUUCUUUAACCGACAAGCCAUGUUGCGUGGUCUUGGGCCACUGCUUUUCCCUUUGUGAGUCAAUACAUAGUGCUGCUGUGUGUGUAUAUUUUUUUGUGUGUAUUUGCUAAUUUUUAUUAAUUCUAGUUUUUCAUUAAAUAAAUUUGACUUUCUUUUCUGUAAUUCAGGUUUUUCCUCACUUUAUUUUGUACCUUUUUAAAGUUAGUGUCUUUUUGAUAUGCAUAAUUGUUUAUGGUAAAAUUUAUACAUGUGUGUUCAGUACAUAUUUUCCUUUCCCUCAUUAAUCAGUUCAUUAGAAAUAUUUUCAAUUCAACUCUUUUGUGAAGAUAUGAAUUCCAGAAAGGAAAGGUAACAUCAGAAUUAUCAGGAGGUAUUUAAAGCAGUUAUAAGAUGGUCUCUGUCUCUGUCUCUUUUUCUCCACUUGAGUCAUAUCUUUGAACUUAUUCUUUAAAAGGUUAGGGAAUACUGAUUUUUUUUUUUUUUUUUAUUUUUGGAAAAAAAAAUCAGGCUUUUUUCUUCCAAAUAUCUUGGACAAAUCACUUGUUUAAAAUUUGUUCUUGUAUUUAUUGGUUUUGCAAAAGAAGGCAUCGUCUUAGACAGUAUUUGUAAUCAAAAGCAAAUCAUUUGUUUAAAAAAAGGCAGUUUGCAAAAAAUGUUUUUGGUCUUUUAUAAUUCUCAUUAAAAGAAUAUCUGGCAAAUUAAAAACUC